GGCCGCCGAGCGCUGGCCCGGCCCGCCCGCGCCCGGUCCCGGGGCCCAGGCGGUGCGGCUCGCAGAUGUAGCGGCGCGGGGCUGGCCGGAGGGGGGGCGCCGGCGGGCGGGAGCUUUGCAUUUUGCAGCGCUGGGCUCCGAGGGGGCGGGGGCUGGAGGAAGCGGAAAGCCGCGCCGAGUCGCCGGGGACCUUGAUGAACCAUGUUGAGCCCUGCCAACGGGGAGCAGAUCCACCUGGUGAACUAUGUGGAAGACUACCUGGACUCCAUCGAGUCUCUGCCUUUCGACCUACAGAGAAACGUCUCGCUAAUGCGGGAGAUCGACGCGAAAUACCAAGAAAUCCUGAAGGAACUGGAUGAGUAUUACGAGAAAUUUAAACGUGAGACGGAUGGCACCCAGAAGAGGAGAGUGUUGCACUGCAUUCAGAGAGCCCUGAUUCGGAGCCAGGAGCUGGGCGAUGAGAAGAUCCAGAUUGUGAGUCAGAUGGUAGAGUUGGUGGAGAACCGGACCAGGCAGGUGGACAGUCACGUGGAACUCUUUGAGGCACAUCAAGAGGUCAAUGAUACCACUGGCCACAGCGGCAAAGCUGGCCAGGAUAAGUCCAAGAACGAGACAAUCACGCAGGCAGAAAAGCCCAAUAACAAGAGGUCCCGGCGACAGCGCAACAACGAGAAUCGGGAGAAUGCAGCUAAUAAUCACGACCACGAUGACAUCACCUCAGGAACGCCUAAGGAGAAGAAAGCAAAGGCCUCCAAGAAGAAGAAACGCUCCAAGGCCAAAGCAGAGAGGGAAGCAUCUCCUGCAGACCUGCCCAUCGACCCGAAUGAGCCAACGUACUGUCUGUGCAAUCAGGUCUCCUAUGGAGAAAUGAUCGGCUGUGACAAUGAUGAGUGCCCGAUCGAAUGGUUCCACUUCUCCUGUGUAGGACUGAAUCAUAAACCAAAGGGCAAAUGGUACUGUCCCAAAUGUCGAGGGGAGAAUGAGAAAACCAUGGACAAAGCCCUGGAGAAAUCCAAAAAGGAGAGGGCUUAUAACAGGUAGUUGGUGGACCUCGCUGAACAGUGAGGAGAACUAAGCCAGUGUAUUUAUUACAUCACCACCUUUGGUGAGGCAUGAGGACUGUACAAUGUAUAUUUUUAAAGAAUGUUAGAAAAGGAGCCAUUCCUUUUGUAGGGAUGGCAGUGAUUCUCUUUGCCUUUUGUUUUCAUUGGUACACAUGUGUAAUAAGAAAGUGGUCUGUGGAUCAACAUUUUAGAAAUUACAAAUAUAGGUUUGAAUUAAACACUCAAGUCUCAGACUGAUUUUUUUUUUGUUUUGUUUUUGUUUUUUGGUUUUUUUGGCUGAGGGAGUUGACUUGGAAGCAACCUAACACAUUAAAAUGUGGAGAGAAACAAUUUUGUUUAGCUACUGUUUUAUUUUAAUAAAAAUAAUGUUAUUAUUUCAUGAACUAAUUUUUUAAAUAUUAGCCAAGUUGCUAAAAAUACAGCCCAUAGCAAAUUUGUUUUCUAGCUAUAAUAAUGUAUAUCCAUAUAACAAUUCAAUAAAAAGAUUUAAAAAUUGAAGAUUAUUUUUUAAAAAGGUAAAUGGUUAAAUUUUACAUGACAAACAUUUUAUGUACUGUCCUAUUCCCCAAACAGCCAUUUUUUGAAUGAUUGGGUACACCUUUUAUUAAAUCGAAUAGAAGUGGUCUAGUCGUGUAAUUUCAAAUCAUGCUUUUGCUAUCACACAUCCUAGUGUAGCCAUAUUGAUUUACAUAAGGUGUAUAAAUGUACAUUUCCAAGUGAACUUGGACUUGAUGUAUUUUAAUCAGAAGUGCAGCCAGAUGCCAUUGUGAAACCAAGGUGUGUUUUCUACUGUGUGCAUGAGAGCUGUACAGAUACGACAUCAAGAAAUAAAUGAAAUUUAGCCAGUUCCUCUAGAGGUAUAUUUAAUUUUGACAUAAAUGAUUUUAAAACUUUUGUCUUAAAAAUUUGUACACCAGCAGUUUAGACAAAGCCUUAAGCAAAUUUUGUAUUAUUCUCACUUAAUGAGGAAGUUACCUAAUUGCCAGCAAAUCAAUGUCAAAACAAUAUAUAGUUAAACCAGGGGUUGGAAAAUUAUUGCCACAGGCCAAAUCCAGCCUACCACCUGUUUUUGUGUGGCCUGUGAGCCAAGAAUUAUCUACACUGUUAAACGGUUAAAAAAUCAAAAGAAUCCUAUUUUGUGACACAUGAAGAUUAUAUGAAAUUCAAAUUUUAGUGUCCAUAAAUAAAGUUUUAUUGGCACACAGCCAUGCUCAUUCACUUACACAUUGUCUGGCUGUUUUUGUACAAUGGUAGGGUGGUUGCGACAGAGACCAUAUGACCCACAAAGCUGAAAUUCAUUUUCUGGCCCUGUGCAGAAGUUGGCUGACCUCUGAUUGAGACUGACUUCUUGCAUGAUAAUCUGUGUCCUUAACUGCUGCAUAUUGAAAGGGUCAACAAUUUCCAUUUCUAAGUGAUACAUGGUUAAUUUACUAUACACUGCAGAGAAUUAGUUUACAUUCUCUAUGAAGCUGCCACGAGGAAGAAUGGAGUAACCACUGUGGCAUAUAAGGAUCUACGUGGCAGUUGUUUAUUAUAAGUAAAACAGUACAUUGUUUUUGAUUGUUUACUUCAUUUGAUAAACAAUUAUUGAGAACUUUGUGCCAGACAUAAAUCCCUGUUCUAUGUUGAAUUUCCUUAUAGAGGCUAUUUGGUAGAGAAAUGCAAGUUGUACUUGAUCUUACAUUAAAAUGUGAGCUUUUUGCAUAUCAAUACCUACAAAUAGGCAUUUACUUUCUAGCAAAACUCAAACAUUUAAAAAUCUUGAGUGUUGAAAUUGAAUAAGAUUUACCUAGGCAAAUAAUAAAGUUUACUAUGUGAAAAUAAGUUAAAUAAAAUACUUGAUAAUAAUCCAAUGACAAAGUAGUUUAAAAGAAUUUUUGGUUACAUAAACUUGCUAGUUUUUUACUUUUAUUUUAAUUUGAGUUAAUAAUGAAAAUUCAGUUAUGGGAGUGAAGGUGGAAUAAAACACAGUUAUUAAUACUGGAUUUCUUCAUACUCAGUUUUGGUGUAUACGGCUGUGGAAAAGACAGAGAAGCACAGAGGCCAA